CAAAAGGAAGCACGUGCAAUUCCAUUUGGUAGUUACCCAGUCACAUGUGCAAUCCGAGCUCCAGUUCAGUCCACAAUCCACAUAUAUAAUCUCCAAUUCCUUUCCAGUUUCCACCAUACUCAUUACUAUCUACAAACUUAUCCUCUCACAAAAUCUCUCGAAUGAACCAUGGCUCGUUCCUCCAGAUUCCUAUCCACCGUCGUCAACUCCCCCUCAACCGACAUGCCGGUGGCGGAACCUCCUGAAGCAGUCACCAUGGAGUCCGACUUCGUCGUCAUACUCGCCGCUCUCCUCUGCGCUCUCAUUUGCGUCGUAGGCCUAAUCCUGGUAGCUCGAUGCGCAUGGCUUCGCCGCGGAUCUGUCGCCAACGGUCGUCGGAUCGCCGGACAGACGUCUGCAAAUAAAGGAAUUAAGAAGAAGUUCGUUGAUGCGCUUCCAAAAUUCUCGUAUGAUUCUGAUUCUGUUAAGGAACACAAUUUAUCCGCCGUUGAGUGCGCGAUCUGCCUGGCGGAGUACGCAGUCGGAGAUGAGAUCCGAUUGCUGCCGCAGUGUGGUCACGGAUUUCACGUCGGAUGUAUUGAUGUGUGGCUCGGUUCUCACUCCUCGUGUCCUUCGUGUAGAGAGAUAUUAGUUAUCACGAGAUGCCGGAAAUGUGGUGAUUUUCCGACGGAUUCCGUCGGACAAAUUGCUCCGGCGGCGGAGGUUAAAGGUAGGCAAAUCAAUAUUGGUUCUAGUUCGAAUGAGUUUUUACCGUGAUUUAUGUGUAAAGGAAGUGAAAAUCAUGUCGACGUUCAUGCUUCAGUGAUCGGAUAUUUGUCCGGUUGUAGAAGUUUAUUGUCCGUGAUACGGUGGAUAUUCGUGUGAUGUACAUACAGAAUUUUGUCAUGUAGUACAAAGAGUACAAGAUCGUGCUUUGAUAAAAAAAUCUCUAGGCUCGAGAAUUUCGAAAUAUCGAUCCGUCAAAAACUUUAUUUUAUUUCCAUUUAUGUUAAAACUUAUAAUCUAUUUUAAUUAAAUUACUUUACAGGUAAUAAA